AUGGAUGGGAUGGGGAGUGGUCAAGGUAUCGUUGUUCUUGCAAGCACAAAUCGACCAGACAUCUUGGACAAAGCUUUAUUAAGGCCUGGACGAUUUGAUCGUCACAUAAAUAUGGAUUUACCAACGGUUAUCGAGCGAAAGGAAAUGUUCGACUUGUAUCUCAAAAGGAUAAAAUUAGACCACCCGUAUAACAAAUUUUCUCACCGCUUGGCUCAAAUGACACCAGGAUUUAGCGGCGCUGACAUUGCCAAUGUUGUUAACGAAGCUGCCAUACGAGCUGCUUCCACAGGAAAACACGUGGUAUCAGUGAGCGAGCUUGAGUAUGCAAUGGAUAGAGUUUUGGCUGGUGCUGAGAAGCGAUCUCGAAGUUUAGUUGAGGAAGAACGUGAGAUUGUGGCAUACCACGAAGCUGGACAUGCGCUAGUUGGGUGGUUACUCAAAAAUACUGAUGCUUUACUGAAGGUUCAUAUUUUCAUUGAUUUGUGA